CUCGUUGCUGUGGCGACCGCAGUUUGCCGGGGCCUGCGCUCCAACAGCCGGGCCUGGCCUACCUAAGCGCGGGUGGCCGGGCAUGGAGUACACCGGCAGCUACUACCGAGGGGAGCGCGUCAACGGCAGGUUGGAGGGCAAGGGCUCUUACACCCUCCCAACAGAAACGAAGUAUGUAGGCGAAAUGAAAGAUGGGAUGUUUCAUGGCAAAGGUGUUUUGCACUUCCCUGGAGGAAGCAAAUAUGAAGGGACUUGGGAAAAUGGAAUAUGCAUAGAGGGGAAAUAUACAUUUGCAGAUGGACUGGAGUAUAAAGACGACAAAUGGCAUUAUUGUGAUGGCUAUGACAGAAGGUUUUAUACAGAAAUCUGUAAAGGCCUGAAGCCAGCAGGCAUUUCCCAGCUUACAAACCUGGAUCCUCCUCGGGUCAUCCCACCAGGCUGCUACGACUGUGGUGACGGCUUCUAUAACCCCAAAACCAGAGUGGUUGUUGAUUACCACCACCGGUUUCUGAGGAAUGCAGAUGAUGAUGAACAUGACUGGAUUGUUAAGACCUGUCGGAAAGGUUGGGACGAGAUCAUUGGUUACAAGCCAAAGGAGGAAACCUCAUUAAGGAAAACAGAGAAACAGACUUCCCAUUGAAGCCUUCUGCUUCCCUGCUGAAGGACUCUGCACCUAUAAUUUCUCCAUUAGGGUAGUUUUUUGUUACCUUUGCUAACCAAAUAAGAUGUAAACCCCUCACUUCAUCAGCGGCAUUAAGAGGAAAUUGUGCAAAUAAUCACCCUAUAUUUACUAUAAUAUUCCCACAAGGUGUGCAACCUGGUAGGCUUUUUAUAGUCUAUACUGUGAGCACAAAAGAAUUAACUCAAAAGGCUGCCUUGCCGUCUCUCAACACCAUAUUAUAUACUGGUUGCACACCCACCCACAAGCUACAGUGGAUCUUUCCCCUGCACUUGGAUAUUAAUUGGCUGUUGUAACGGCAAGCUCAGAAGCGAUGGUUUUUAAUAACUGGUUUGCCAAAGGGGGAGAAUGAAACCCAUUUCCCACGAACAUCGGUGUUCUCAACAAAGGUGAUGGGGCGGGCUGCCUUUGGAAUUCUAGGGCUGCAGAAGCGUUUCUGAAAUAAAAGAAAAAUGGAAUUGCACCGUUUCCUUUGAUGUAAGUGCCAGCACUUCGACUUGCAUUAACUUUAUUUAUUACACAAAUAAGACAUUUACAAAGCACAACAGGAAAAGUAGGUAACAAAACAGACAUUGGUUUUACAAUU